GAAGCAGAAUUUCUAGCACAAGCUAGUACUAUUGGGAAGGUGAAUCAUAUGAACUUGAUAGAGAUGUGGGGAUAUUGCUCAGAGGGAAAGCACAGGCUUCUUGUUUAUGAGUACAUGGAGCAUGGUUCCUUGGCACAAAAUUUAGCUUCUAAUGUGCUUGAUUGGGAGAAGAGGUUUGACAUUGCUGUCGGCACUGCAAAGGGUCUAGCUUAUUUGCACGAAGAGUGCUUGGAGUGGGUUCUACAUUGUGAUGUAAAGCCUCAAAACAUACUGUUGGACUCCAAUUUUCAACCAAAGGUUGCAGAUUUCGAGCUCUCCAAGAUUCUUAACAGAGAUAAGCUUAGGAAUUCAACCUUAUUUUCGAGGAUACAAGGAACCAGAGGUUACAUUGCUCCGGGGUGGGUGUAUAGUCUUCCCAUCACAUCCAAAGUGGAUGUAUACAGCUAUGGAGUGGUUGUGUUGGAGAUGGUGACCGGAAAGAACCCGACAAUGGAUGUGGAAAUCAGUGAUGGUGAGCAGAGAAGACUAAUUAUGUGGGUGAGGCAAAAACUAAAUGGAACUGAAAUUGCAUCCAGAAUCGGAGAGAUCAUAGAUCCCUCGUUUGAAGGCAACUAUGAUGUGGAAAAGAUGGAAAUUUUGUUAACAGUAGCUUUACAUUGUGUGGAAGAAGACAAAGAUUCAAGACCAACCAUGAGUCAAGUCGUUGAGAUGCUUCAACACCACGGCAAAGAAUCUCAGUGGCAAUGAGUUUGUUGCAGUUGACGAGUUUUUAGUAAAAACUUCUAAAGAAAGUACUCUCUAGAUAGUUCAUAUUGUAA